AUGGAACGCGUCUCCCUCAAGGCGGACCUCCGAACAGACAGUGCCUACCACACAGGAACCUCAUCCGCAGUGGACGAUGAGAAGAAGAGCUGCGAGUCAUGCCGACGUAGGAUACCAAAGACCGUGAGUGCCCCCACAAUGUACACGACGCCAGCCAACUUGCAAGAGACUAUGACGUUGCAACAAGAGCUGCUGCUGCAAGGCCAAACAGAAAGCGGUUGGAAGGUGAAGAGACGGCCGGACGGUACGCGCUACGUGAGCCGUGCAGCCAGAAGCAAGUUGCUCAAGGUGCGCCAGGAACAGAUUGUCCAAGAGAGAGCAGGAAUCACUACGGACGAAGACAACCAGUCAGAGCUGAAGACAGGCAGGUAUUGGCCCAAGGAAGAACGCAAGAAGCAUCUCGAAAGAGCUAAGGAGCGCAAAAAGAAAGAGAUGAUGUUACGCUUCAAGAUGGCUGUCCUCAAUGAAGGAAGCGGAAAGGGAUUGCUCUCUGUCACAACUGUUUGAAUCUCUCUUUUGUCCAUAUAUGUGUACAUAGGAUACAGCAAUAAACUUCCACUGUCCUACAUCAUGCUCGA